AUGCAGUCGGUUGUCAACUCCGCUGAUGAUAGCGGGGCCACGUACGCGUCGCUGGCGGGCAAGCUGGAUGCCUCUCUCCUGAAAGCAGUGGAGGUGAUGGGAUUCGAGAACAUGACUGCUGUGCAGCACGAGGUGUUGCAGGCGUUGCAGCCGGAUUGGCGCAAUGACUGCCUGGUGCAGGCCAAGACAGGCACGGGCAAGACGGUGGCGUUCCUGUUGCCGGCGCUCCACAACCUCCUCCGCGGCGAAGUCCAGGUGCCCAAGGGUGAUGUUGCGGUCUUGAUCAUCACGCCGACGCGUGAGCUGGCGCAGCAAAUUGCCCAGUCGUGUAACGCGCUCACCUCCCAGCUGACCGGAGGUAACAAGAUCGAGUGCCACACCGCCGUGGGCGGGACGGCUAAGGAGGCGACGCUGAACAAGUUCAUGAAGGGCGAUCCGAAGGUGUUGGUCGCCACGCCGGGCCGGUUGGAAGAUUACCUCAGUGAUGGAGCUGUCGCGAAGAGACUACAGAACGUGAGAACCAUUGUCCUGGAUGAGGCGGACACGAUGCUCGAAGUCGGAUUCCUCGGUGCCGUCAAGAAUAUUCUGGCGAAGCUGCCGUCGAAGGCGCAGGCCGGGUGGCAGGGCAUGUGCUUCAGUGCCACGCUGCCGGAAAAGGUCAAGGAGGUGGUCAACGUGGUUCUGAAGGACGGAUACCACCAUAUCUCGACCGUCGACCCCAACGAGACCCCUACCCAUGAACGGGUGCCGCAGUUUUCACUCACCGUGCGCGGGGUGGAGGAUACGUUUACCGGGUUGCUAGCCUUGUUGAGCGAGGAGAUCGCUGACUCGACGGGUUCUAAGAAGAUCAUUGUGUUCGGCGCGACGGCCCACUUGGUGGGAUUGAUGUCGGACACGGUGGGCCAGGCUCUGAAGGGGGUUCCCGUGUCUCGCAUCCACUCGCGACUGUCCCAGGCCGCCCGGACGCGGACGGUCCAGGAGUUCCGGGAGGCUAAGCAGGGCGUGCUGUUCGCGUCGGAUGUCGUGGGUCGCGGCCUGGAUUUCCCUAACGUCGAUCUCGUCAUCCAGGUCGGCGCGCCGCCAGCGGCCGCGCAGUACGUGCACCGCGUGGGUCGCACCGGCCGUGCCGGCAAUGACGGCCGCGCCGUGAUCCUGCUGCACUCGCUCGAGGCCGGCUGGCCAGGUGCCAACCCGGAGUUCCGCAUCCAGCCGCACCCGCGGUCCAAGGAGAUCCUCGCCCGCGCCGCGGACCCCUCGACGCAGGACCAGAUGCGCGUGACCAUGCGGUCGGCGUCCCAGGAACUCGUGGGGCGCGCCUAUCAAUCGUAUAUCGGAUACCUGUUUGGCUUGCCCAAGUUGUUGAAGAUGAUGGGCACGAACAGGCCCGGCGUCGUGCAGCUGGCCAACGCCAUGGCCAUCAAGGGCAUGUACCUGGAACAACAGCCCGCGCUGACCAUGAACCUAGUCUCCAAGCUGGACCUGAAGGGCGUCCCCGGCGUGAUCGUGACCGCGAAUCGCCCGAGACCCGUCAAGGGCCCCAAGGGCCCCAAGGAGCCCAAGACUGCUCCCCCUGCCCCGAAGCCCGCCGCAGCCAAGAAGCCCAAGUCUAAGAAGGUGAUCCAGAAGGGUCCCACCAAAGUCUUGAAGCCGGAAUGGGGCCUGAUCUAA